AUGCCAGUCGACGCAAUCAGUCUCGAAGUCUUCAAGAACAUGUUCAUCUCAGUGUCCGAGGAGAUGGGAGUGGCGUUGCAACGCACCAGCUACUCCACCAACAUGAAAGAACGGCAGGAUUUCUCUUGCGCGCUGUUCAACCCGGCGGCGGAGAUGGUGGCGCAGGCGGCGCACCAGCCGGUGCAUCUGGGGGCCAUGCCGGCAUCGGUGCAGGCGGCGUUGCAAACAUUCCCGCAGGGAUUGCGCGCCGGCGACAUCGUCAUUCUCAACGACCCCUACAUGGGCGGUUCACAUCUGCCCGACAUUACCCUGGUGGCUCCGGCCUACGUGGAGAUUGACGGCGCCCGAGAGUUGAUCGGAUACGUCAGCAACCGCGGCCAUCAUUCCGAUGUGGGCGGGAUGGCGCCGGGCUCAAUGCCGCUGUCCACCGAACUCUACCAGGAAGGGCUGAUUAUCCCACCGCUGAAGUUGUCCCGUGGGGGUCGCAUCAAUCAGGAAGUAGUGUCCCUGAUCUGCCGCAACUCCCGCACGCCCGAUGACCGCCGGGGAGACCUGGCGGCGCAGAUUGCGUCCAUCCGCGUUGGCGACAAACGCCUGACCGAGAUUGCCCAACGCUACGGCCUAGCCGAUACCCACGAGCACAUGGACGCGCUGCUGGACUAUUCGGAGCGUUUGACCCGGCGGGCCAUCACCCAGAUUCCCGACGGCGUGUACGAAGUUACCGACUACAUGGAUGACGACGGCCAGAGUGAAGAGCCGGUGAUGAUUCACGUGACGGUUACGGUGGCCGGCGACCGGAUGGCCAUAGAUUUCACCGGCACGGCUGCGCAAAGGCCCGGUUGCAUCAACGCGCCGCGAGCCGUUACGGUGUCGGCCAGCCUGUAUGUGGUGAGAUGCGUGGUCGGCAACGAAGCGCCGGCGAACCAGGGCUGUUUGCGUCCGGUUGACAUAAUCACACCCAGUGGCAGCCUCGUUGACCCACUGCCACAGCGGGGUGUCGCCGGCGGCAACGUGGAAACGUCGCAACGCAUUACCGACGUGCUGUUGUCCGCGAUGAGCCAGGCCCUGCCCGACCGCAUACCGGCCUCGUCGCAGGGCACCAUGAACAACAUGAUUAUCGGCGGCCACGACAUCUCCCGGGACAGGCCCUAUGUGUACUACGAGACCAUCGGCGGCGGCAUGGGCGCACGUCCUGACAAGGACGGUAUCUCCGGCAUCCAUACCCACAUGACCAACACCAUGAACACUCCGGUGGAAGCGCUGGAGUUUGCCUUCCCGCUGCGUUUGCGUCGUUACGCUCUGCGGCGCGGCUCCGGCGGCGACGGAUUGCAUCGGGGUGGUGAUGGUCUGGUGCGCGAUGUAGAGUUCCUCAGUCCGGCCCGCGUUACGGUGCUGUCGGAGCGCCGCCGGUUCUCCCCGCCCGGCUAUCACGGCGGACACCACGGCGAGCGCGGCGAAAACGUGCUGCUGAAGGGCGGCUACGAGGAAGUCAGACUGGCCGGUAAGGAGACUCUCGACGUGGAUGCCGGCGACAUCCUCAGCAUCCGCACGCCCGGCGGCGGUGGCUGGGGCGCCCCGACUGACGGCGGCGACCACGACCAUCAGCACUAA